AUGAUGGAUCGCGUGCGCCGGGACCUCGGGAAGAUCAGCGCUUUGGGCGGCUUCAGCGCGGGCCUCAACGAGAUCCUGACGGCCCAGAGCGCGCGGGGCCUCUUCUUCUCGAGCGUCGCCAUCGUCCUCGGCGCCCUGCUGACGGUCGCCGAGUUCGAAGAAAUCGUCGCGCGGCACGGCUCCGCGGACGCGAAGCGGCGCCUCGGCAACUUCGUGGAGGACCUCGCGCUCUACAGUUCGUUCGUCCGCGCGGCCUUUUCCUUCGUCGCGGCCAUGUGCCUCGCGACGCGCGCGGGCCUCUUCGUCGGCGCCGUCGUCGUGCUCAUGGUCGCCCAGAGCCUGAGCCUCGUCUUCGCGUCGGAGCUCGUGGCGCAGAGCGUCCGCUCCGCGCAGGGCUACCUGCCCGUGCGCCGCACGGGCGACGACCUCGUCGAGCCCUACGUGGACGGGUCGCCCGCGCGCGGCGAGAAGAAGGGCGUCCGCUUCGGCGACGGCGCGGCGCCGGGCGCCUUCGCCGCCGCCGCCCACGGCCACGACCACGACGUCGUCGGCGACGCCGCGGGCGUCGUCGAGACGAAGCACGACGGGUCCACCAUCACGAUCUAA